AGCUCAAACUAAUCUUACUCUCAGUUUUGCAUGAUAAACUGCUUCUCUGUACAACUCAGCCAUAAGAUCGUAAUUGUCUUCAGAAGUGCUUAGACUCCGCAGUUUCACUGAUGUUAAUGUGAAAGUAGCGCUGCUCUGUGUAGCUAACAGCCGGGGAUGAGAUAUUAUUUCCAGAGAAGUAGCCGCGGCUGCACACCUCCGUUACUUGGAAACCCUGAGCACAUUACUGCGGAAACUUUUUCUCUUCGCAUGGAAGAAAGUUCUGAGACAAAGCGGCUGCAACAGGGCCGUUUUCCCCCCUGUUUGUGAUAAUGGAGGAAGCAAGGCUCUGAGGGGACACUAUGUCGUGGGGGGAGCAAAUUGAGCUCCGUGACCUGAGGCCUGACAGAGAGCAUAUAGAGCUGACACACAGCACUCAUGCACCCUGCUUUCCUCCACGUCUGGAGAGAGCCAACGCCCUGAGGAUCAGUCCGGGGAGGGUCCCAGACCUGCUGAGCCGGGCUCGCAUCAUCAGAGUCCUGAGCAGCACCGAGGACCCCGAUCUCAUUGAAGAGAAGGGAGAGGGACACAACUUCCAGCCCUGCAGCCACGCUCAGCCCACAUGGUGUGACCUGUGUGGAGACUUCAUCUGGGGCCUGUACAAGCAGAGCCUGCGGUGUGUCAAUUGUAGAUUCACAUGCCACCACCGCUGUCGUGAUGGGAUCCGGUUGGACUGCAGCUGGGAUCGAGGCUCUGUGGCUGAACACACAUGUAUUGUGGAGCAUACCAUAGAAACAGACACAAAUGUGGAUGAACAGAUUGAAUGGGGAAAGCAAGAGCUGACGACUGCAGAUUUUCAGGAGAAGGUGAAGGAAUACAACGCUCAAAUCAACAGCAAUCUGUUCAUGAACAUGAACAAGGAUGGUUCCUACACAGGCUUCAUAAAAGUGCAGUUCAAAUUGGCACGACCUGUGUCAGUUCCACCUACAAAGAAAGGAGGUUCUGAUGCUGGAGCGAGGAGGGCUGUUGGGGUGAAACGCCGCACAUCUUUCUACCUGCCAAAAGAUGCAUCCAAGCACCUGCACAUAAGCUCACGCACUUCUGCUCGGGAGGUUAUCGAGGCUUUGUUGAAAAAGUUUACUGUGGUGGACAAUCCUGGCAAAUUUGCUCUCUUUGAGCGAAGCGAGCGUCAUGACCAAGUUUAUGUUCGCAAGGUGUCUGACAAUGAGUGUCCCCUCCGCCUGCGUCUGUGUGCUGGACCCAAUGAAAAAAUCCUCAGCUUUGUUCUGAAAGAAAAUGAAACUGGAGAAGUCAAUUGGCAUGCCUUCUCUAUGCCUGAGUUGAAGAACUUCCUGCGUAUUCUGCAGCGUGAAGAGGAGGAGCACGUCAAGCAGAUAGUGCAGCGAUACGCUCUGGCCCGCACUAAGAUGCAGGACGCUUUGGCUGGUUCGACUCCCGGUUGAGACGACUCUGUGCUCGGGGUUUAACAUGCACCACUUGGCUGGCCUAUAGAUGACCAGUCAUCGCUGCAUCCAAAGAUCCCAGAUAAUACAACUCAAUACACCUCUUGGGUGAACGAGAGAGUGAGACAGGGCGCAAGACUGAGAGAGAGCUAGCGCGAAUGUGCGUGUGAAGUGAUGCGAGAGAUGAGAAGUGCCUUACACCUGGAGAGCCUGAUGUGCCUGAGAGAAUGAGUUGAGAGAAGUGAUUAUUGGCAGAUGAGACAGUGGUUGUUUCCAGUCAUGUCUUUUGCUAUUGGGGAAAAUCUGAUUAUCCUGUGUACCUCAGCUGUGUCACUUUAACUUUAAAGAAAAUGUCAAAUAUAUUUUAAGCAUCAUUAAGUAUAAGAAAUCGAAUUGAUUAUACAUUUGUAGGCGCAGUGCUGUAGUCAAGAACUAGUGCUGUAAUUGAUCUGAUUAUCCAACAUCUGGAAGUUGCAUUCCUUUUUAUUUUUCACAUAUUUGUCACAUGUCUCAACAUAGUUUUAAGUUUAGAUAAACUCAAGCAGGCCCCUAUAACAUGUGAAUCAUACCUCUUAACGUCCAUUUUGACAUGUUUAAUUUAUCCAGUUAAAAAGUUAAAUACACAUUUUUUGCUGAAAGGUAUUUGGAUUUUCAUUUGACCCAGGCUCAAUAAUCUGCCAUGUCCUCUCGACACCCCUGAUGGGUGCAACUCUAUUUUUUAUUUUAAUGUCAAAUUGUGAGUUUGACUGAUGUAUGGACAUUUGUAUGAAGCUAUGCAUGUCGGAGAGAGUGGUAUCAAUCUGGUUGACUGGAAUCCUGAAUGAACAUUGGUAUACAUGUGUUUCACUGGUUUGUCUU